CUUUUCUCGAGGUAAAUGGGAAUAUCAACAGCAUCGAGAAGUCUCCAACCCUCGCUUCAUACAUUCGCUGCCAACGUAACUACUCCCAGCCCAUCAAUCGCUACGACUCCUUCCCAAGUACAUCCCAAGUCUCCCCAACAUCUUCAAGAUGCUCUUCCAAAACACCCUUGUUACUCUUCUUGCCUCGGCAUCCUUCGCUGCGGCCGCUGCCUUCCCAGGCUAUGGAGAGAAGUCGACCUGCUCCGCUGUAUAUGUCACCAAGACUACCACUGGGGAACAUACAACCACAUAUCUUUCCACGAAGACUAUAGUGGUUCCAAUCACCACCGUGACUUCAAAGGUUAAGACGACUGUCAACCCUUACCCAGUCACCAGCGUUGGCUAUUCUACCAAGACCGUCACCAAAUACUACACAACCGUCAAAACCAAGACCUACCCAGUCACCACUGUCACUUACACCACCAAAUACGAGACGGAAGUGGAGUCAAAGACAACAUGCGAGACCUCCCCAUACACCCUCGUCAUCACCUCCUACAAAACUGACGUCAGUACCUGCCCGGAAACUUAUGUCACAAGCAAGACCGAGAGCUCCGUCUGCACCGAAACGAAGACCGUGCCUUACACGACCACUUGUGUCGAGACCAAGACUGCUUGCUCUGGUGGCUAUGGCCAAGGCUGGUAAGCGGUAACUAGGCAUCGCAUCACAUAUGGCAUGGAAAUGCCAUUUUGCUUCAAAAUCUUAGCAAGGACAUGACUUAGGCUAGGAUAAUUGCGUUUGGAUAUCGGGUAUGGAGACACUCCUUUUACUGCUGUUGAUCUAUUACUACGCGGAGGACUGUCGUUUUCUCCUGCUGCCGUUUCGAUCGUUUAAGCUAGAGAACAUGGAUAUCCACUCCUUAUAUUCCGUAGUAUUUAAUCUAAUAGUAUUUCGG